AUGCUCGUCCGCCAGACAGCUCUCACACUCGCGCGCAGAGGCACCCGAACCCUCGCAACAACCGCCAUCCGCUCUCACACACCGCUCACCGAAACCUGCUCGUCUCCCCACUUCUUCGACGCCGUCCACAAGGGCACGAUCCCGUCUUUUCGACUGCUCGGACCGGAUGGAGUCUUGGUCAAAGAUGCGGAGGAGGAGUGGGUCCAGCGCGCGAAGGGGGAGGAUGGGGAGAAGUUGAAGAGGAUGCUUGAGGUCAUGACUAUGCUGCCCAUCCUCGACCAAAUCCUCUACUCCUCGCAACGACAAGGCCGCAUCUCCUUCUACAUGACCGGUUACGGCGAAGAAGGGACGGUCGUGGGUUCCGCCGCAGCGUGGGAGAACGACGACGAGGUCUUUGCCCAGUACCGCGAAGUCGGAGUCCUCAUCUGGCGAGACUACCCAUUGUCGAGCUUGAUGGCGCAAGUGUUCUCGACUGCUUCCGAUAUCGCGACCAAGGGUCGCCAAAUGCCCGUCCACUACGGCUCGCGCGAGCACCAUUUCCACACAAUCUCCUCGCCUCUCGGUACACAACUACCACAAGCUGCGGGGGCCGCCUACGCGCUCAAGCGAACGCCUGGACGCGAGAACUCGUGCGUGGUUUGCUAUGCGGGCGAGGGCGCGACGAGCGAGGGUGACUUUCAUGCGGGCCUGAACAUGGCGAGCGUCCUCGGCGGUCCGCUUGUCUACGUUGUCCGAAACAACGGCUUCGCCAUCUCGACCCCCGUCUCGCAGCAGUACGCCGGCGACAGCAUCGCUGCUCGCGGACCCGGCUACGGCAUCGAGACCGUCCGUGUAGACGGCAAUGACCCGCUCGCUGUCUACUUGGCGUGCAAGGAGGCGCGACGGAAGGCCGUUGAGGGACAGAAGCCGGUCUUGGUCGAGGCCAUGACCUACCGCGUCGGACACCACUCCACAUCGGACGACUCCUCCGCCUACCGCUCGCUCUCCGCCGUCGAGUCGGUCAAGAAGCUCGAUUCGCCCAUCCACCGUCUGCGCCGCUACCUCGAGUCGCUCUCGCCCGCUCUCUGGUCCGCCGAGCACGACGCCAAGAUCAAAGACGAGAGCAAGCGCGCGAUUUUGCGCGAGUUCAGCAAGGCCGAGAAGGAGAAGAAGCCGCAGCUCGCGGAGAUGUUUGGCGAUGUCUUCGCGCCGGUGCAGGGGGAGGAGGGACAGCGGUAUGGAGGUCUUGAGCGACCGCAGUAUGAGCAGAAGGCGGAGUUGAAGCGGUUGAUUGAGAAGUGGGGCGAGACGCAGACUUGGAAGAAGGAGCUCGAGAAGUUCGCGGGGGGUAAAGAAGCGGUCGCGAAGUGGUAG